AUGCAAAUCAACACCAAGAACAACCAAUCUCAAGCCGUUCAAGAAGAAGGAGAAUUUGAAAUCCUUUCCUCCGGAGAGACUACUCCUAUCAACGAGGAUCAGAACGCAACCACCCCACAAUUGUGUGACGAGGACAAUGGUCCUGAUACUAUAGGUGAGCUCGCUGUUAUUGGCCCUGCUCAAACACAAGCUGAUCUACCUGACCUCGUAUCUGUUUAUCCUAUUUCUUUUACUCACCUUCAUAACAAUCAUUCGAAUUCGCCACCCGCAGUUGAAGCUACUCGUCGUCUCAGCUUGUCAUCUUCAGACGAAGAAGCGGUAGGUGAUGAUUUACAACCACAAAAACAAGGUCGUCAUGGAAGACACCAUUCUCGACAUCAUGGUCGUGGCCCACAUCAUCGUGGUCCUCGUCACCAGGGUCCGCACCAUUACGGUCCAUUUGAUGAUUUUAGACUUUCUUAUCACGACAUGGAAAGAGGUAGGUUCCCCUUCCCUCCACCACCUGGAUUCGAUCAUCAUGGCCUACCCCCACCACCACCUGGACACCAUCAUCACCACGGUCACGGAGGAAGACAUGGCCCGCUCCCACCCCCACCUCCACCUGGAAAGGGUCACCGAACAGGCGAGAGAAGGGAACACGGUCCUCCCCCUCCUCAUAGCUGGGAAGAAUGUGACUCACAUUUCUUUGGCUCUCCACCUUUCGGUGGUAGAGGAGGGAUGAUGGGCGGUAUGAGAGGCGCCACGAGAGGAGGCAUGCGAGGUGGAAUGGGGAGCGGCAUGAGAGGUGGUAUGAGAGGUGGCAAAGAUCGACAUUGCCGGGCAUUUUCUCCCCCAUCAUGGGAAGAGUACAAAUGCGGCUCUGAUUCUGAUGGUGUGGACCGUCAGUUCGGGCGACAUAGACACCAUGGUCACGGACCUCAUCAUCGACACGGCCACAGAAGACCUCAUGAGAAGCCAGAUGGCAAGACAAAAGAACAUGAGUGUACCCCUCUUGAAAGCGAACAAGAUGCUGGCCAAAUCAACAAUGAGAAGGAAGGCACCGCCUCCUCCAUUGAGAGUGAGACAGACUCUGAAUCGAACUGCAAUGUGCCCCCACACCAUGGCCACCACAAGGGACCGCGACCUGGCCACGGAAGCAUGAGAGGUAUGCGAGGUGGCGGAGGUAUGCGUGGAAGAGGAGGUCCACCCGGUCGAGGCCCACCUCAUAUGGGACCUCAUGCUCAUAUGCACGGGCCACCACCUCACAGCUUCGGACCACCACCUUUCGGAUCUCCUCAUUAUGGUAGGGGAGGCCAUCAUUCGGGACAAUUCGCCUCUGAAGGGAAUCCCCUUCCCCCUCCAUUUCGAGGUCACCGUGGUCCUCCCCGAGGGUAUGAAUUCGGUGAGUAUGCCGAUGACGACUACCUGAACUUUGGACCUCCUCCAUUCCAUGACUUUGGAAGACAUGGUGAUCAUGGCCCUAUGCGAGGUCAUGGUGUGAGAGGUGUUCACAGUCGAGGCGGAUUCGGUCAUAUGGGCUUCGCUUGUCCCGCUUGA